AUGGAGUGUAAGUCGAGCGAUAGCAAAAAAUUGUUCAAAGUAUUUGACGCGGCGAAGCACAAGAGGACUAGGAAAAAACGGGAUGGGCUCGACGAUUCCACCUCUGUUGUGACGGACGGCUCUGCUGGCGGCUGUCCACCAAACGUCGGUCGAGCACCAUCAAUGAAAGCUAGUUUACAAGAAGUAGCCGUUGUGCAGAAUAUACCUGUACAGCAUGAUGCCAAUAAUUCAAAGAGGGACCGAGACAGCAGUCCUUCAAUUUCGCGGUCACCAGUCGAGGAACAGCAUCGUGGCUCCAGGUCGCCACGGCGUCAUCAUCGCCGGUCGACAAGAGAUGGAGUUUCCUUGGCUUUGAAAGCGGGUAUGGUUUCAACUCCACGGUCCAUCUCACCGCCACAGGAGGGCGAUGGAGUCGGUGGACCCAUACCACAAGACCAAGACUCAUUUAUAUACGCUUUUCUAGAGGAAGCUAUCAAAAGAGAUAAAAAGAAACAGCGACACGCUCGUCGUCGGGAGCAAGAGAGACGAGUAAGUAACGAGGACUUACGCGAACGUUCUGCGCCGCGCGACAGAGAGAGACAUCGACACCAUCACAAGGACCGGCACAGAGAGAGAGACGAAAUACCUUCCAGGGAACAUAAUAAGUCAAGCAGGUCGCCUAAACCAGUGUCUCCACGACAAGGGGGCAUAGACCAAAACAUGCUGCUUGAGACGUUCGCCAAGUUUUGUGCGCAAAUCAAUGAUAAAAACAAUACCAGCUAUUCUAGCCAGCCUGUGCCCCGAACUCAAAGCCACAAGUCCUUACAAUGUGAAGUCAUUGACAGGCGGGACACGUAUGAAUUAGAGCGUCAACCAGUGCGGUUGAGUCAAGGGAAGUCUAGAGAGUUAGUGGCCACGUCUAGAAUACGAAGCCAGGAGAACUUCUCCUGUAGGUUACGGAGCCAUGACAAGAUCACGCUAAUGUGUGACGAGCGUGGGAAGCAGGAGAAGUGCUUGUGUUACUACGACAAAGAUAGUCCUAAAUACCCCAGCAAGUUGGAUAUCAGCAGAUCAAGGAUCCGUCCUGGGGAAGAUGAAAGAUACCGGGACUAUCCUCCGGUUACCGUGCCCACUAGAAGCUGUUUGGAUCCGUGCAGGGGCCGGGCACCAGACGGGCGAGACUACAGGGACUACGACAGGGACCUUAGAGGACGACAUUACGAUGACGACAGGAGAAGAUAUUUUGAGCAGAAGACGAGUAGGAGCUUCGAUGUGCACAGGGAAGGGUACGAGGAAGACCGGAACUGUCGCAGAACAGCACGGAGCGACACGCUCAAGGACAGGCGAUACGAAGAGAGAGACAAGAGAUAUGAAGAAAUGGGGAAAUAUUACGACGAAAAAGGGGCAGACCUGCGGGAUCGACAAAACGUGUCGAGUAAGGAUCGACGCUACAGGAGGAACGCGGAGAGGUUCGAGAGAAACUCUGUCGCUUCCAGGGAGGAGGACUAUAGGGAGAGGGAUAGAGAUAGAGAAAGGGAAAGGGAAAGGGACAGGUACUCCGAGAAGGAGAGGGAUUCGGGACUGAGCGUGGCUGACGGCGAGACGAGCACUAUGAGCGGGAGGAGUAACUGUCUGAAGGUUGUGAAACAAGAGAUAGCUGAACAACGCGAGGCCAUGGACAAGAUGAUGAAGCUUUGGAAGGAUCUCAUGCGGUGCUUCAAGGGGAUCUCGCAGACUCAGGGCCAGGAUAAAAACAUGCGGGAAUCAGCGGCGAACGUGAAGGAAUCGGCAGCGGCACAGUUGCGGCUGUGGCGCGAGUGUAUGCGACGGUACGAGACUGUCGCCAGGGACGUCGGGGACACCGACGCUAGGCUUAUGGAGGAAAUCAAGAAGCAGCGCUCUGAGAUGGCGGAGAUGGCCAACAUGUGGCAGGAGUGUCUGCAGCGGUACCGGGACAUGAGCAAUGACUUCAACAGCCUUAAGCAACAGUUAGUGACCCCGGAGAGUCCGACGCGGUUGCCGGCCGCGCCGCUGGUGUGUGCGGAGGGCGAGGGGCCCGCGCCCGCCCCGCCCUACCGCCUGCCGACACAUUACCCGCCGCACGUGCCCCCUCCGCCGGGGUACUGCGCGGGGUCCCCGCUGCGCGGGCGUCGCUCGGCCCCGCCGGCGCCGCCCGCGUGGUGGUGGUGCGCGGAGCCCCCCACUCGCUCCCCGCGCCGCCGCUCCUCGCCAGAGUCACGCACCAGUCGCGAGCGGGAACGUAGGCAUCGACACAAGGACAGAGAUGAAUCGAGAUAUAAGGAGAAAACUACAAAACCUUCUGCUGCACGUUCGGAGCACAGACACAGAAAAAGAUAA